CCAGCUCUGGCAUUCCUUCUGCUGUGGUCAGCAUCCCUGCUGUACAGUGGUGACAGUGGGAAAGUACUGGUCUUCCCAGUAGAUGGGAGUCACUGGCUCAACAUGAAAAUCCUUCUGGAGGCACUGUAUUCUCAUGGCCAUCAAAUUACAGUGCUUCGCACUUCCACCAGUUGGUAUGUUUCUGAAUUUUCCCCCUAUUACACUUCCAUCACAAUCACCAAGGAAGAGCCCCAACACUUGGAGAACCAAGCUGUCAUGACCUCUCUUUUGGAGCGAUCUAUGAGGAUUCGACGCAGCCAAGGCUCACUAUGGGCAUUUUUUGAGUUUUACAGAAAUGGUGCUGACUUUUUCAGAGAAGGGCAUAACCGUAUGGCAAAGCUAAUCAUCUGUAUCCUUGAAAAUAGGACACUCCUUAGUCAUCUGAAUGAAACUGGUUACGAUUUUUUUCUAACAGACCCUGCUUUUCCAGGUGGGGUGAUUGUGGCACAUUAUCUCAAGCUUCCAUUGGUUCUCAAUGCACGCUGGAUUUUAAGUGGGGAAGCACAUUUUGCUAUUGCUCCUUCUCCAUUGUCUUACAUCCCUGUUAUGUUGUCCCGUUUUUCUGACAAAAUGAACUUGUUUCAAAGAAUGAAAAAUAUUAUUUAUCAUGGCGUGUUGCUUACCUUGCACCAUCUUGUCUUUAAUCCACCAUAUCAAGCUGUGUGUGAUCAGUAUUUUGGAAGUAAUGCAAGUAUCAUGUCUCUAAUGCAAGCAGCUGAUCUUUGGUUAAUGCGGGUCGAUUUUACAUUUGAGCUCCCUCGUCCCACCAUGCCUAAUGUUAUCUACAUUGGGGGGUUCCAGGGUAAGCCUUCGAAGCCUCUGCCACCAGAUUUAGAAGAAUUUGUUCAAAGUUCUGGUGAACAUGGUGUUAUUGUCAUGACUUUGGGGACAUUGCUGAGCAACCUUGGUUCUGAAGUAUCAGAGACCAUUGCUUCAGCGUUUGCAAAACUCCCACAGAAAGUUGUGUGGAGACAUAUUGGAAGAAGACCAGACACUCUGGGGAACAACACCAUGCUGGUUGAAUGGCUACCUCAAAAUGACCUCAUUGGCCACCCUAAAACCAAAGCCUUUGUAACACAUGGAGGCACCAAUGGCAUCUAUGAAGCCAUCUACCAUGCUGUUCCUGUUCUGGGUAUCCCACUGAUCUUUGACCAGUAUGACAACAUGAUACGCUUAAAAGCCCGAGGUGUAGGUGAGAUAAUUGAAGUGGCAACAAUGAAUGUUGAAUCUCUGACAAGAGAUCUAAAGAAUAUUUUGGACCCAGAAAAGCCCUACAAGCAAAAUAUGAUCAAACUGUCCCAGCUUCAUCAUGAUAAACCCAUAAGACCCGUAGAUAAUGCUGUGUUUUGGAUGGAGUACGUCAUGAGGCACAAGGGCACUGCACACCUGCGCACUGAGUCAUACAGGCUGCCAUGGUACUCCUACUAUUGUCUAGAUGUGAUAGCAUUCUUUGUAGCAAUUGCUUUGAUUAUUAUCAUGUUGAUCGUGGUUUUCUGUAGAUGUUCAGUGAGAUAUUUGCUGAAAAGCAAGAUGUUCAAGCUUGACUAGAUAAGACAAUGAUUAAAAAAGCAUGUCUCUGUAAUAUUUAGAUAA